AUGUCUCACUCCCCUGGCGACAAAGUUUUCGCUAAAAUAAAAGGAUUCCCCAACUGGCCUGCUAGGGUAAAUCCUCUUCCACAUGAUGUACAAAUACCCAAGGGAAAACUUCCUAUAUUUUUCUACGGAACUUAUCAAGUUUCAUUUGUUUCCGCCAAGAAUAUUGUUCCUUACGAGAAAUUCAAAGAUAAGUGGGGAAAGCCAAAGCCAAGCACACAGUUCAUGACAGCUAUGAAAGAAAUCGAAGCUAAUCCAGGCAUCUAUAUGUUGGGAGAGGAUCCUAGGGCUGAGGAGUUUCUGCUUCAAUUCUAUGACUUCAAACCAAUGGGCAGUGAAUGUGUUCGCCAAUACAAACGUCAACAUUCCAGGAAGUCAAAAGUUGACAAUGAUCAACCACUCAGUACUACUAAUCAAGGGACAAGUAGUAGUGGUGAUCAAAUAAAUCGUGUCAGUGAUGAUACAUCGAGUGAAAUAAGCACAGAUCAAUCGAGAGUCAAUAGCUUAGACCCAGCUCCGGAAGAUAGUAAUGAUGAAGAGACAUUGAUAGAUAAUACAAAUCAUCACAUACAGUUUAAUAAUUAUCAACAAAUGGAUAUAAGUUGUUCGGAGAGGCUUAGCCCUAGUUCAACAAUUGAUCGUCCAUCUGAUGAAAAAGAUUCUUAUCAAGAGAAUAGAGAAGCUCGUCGACUUGCUCCAAAACGAUUAGCAAAAGAGAAACGAGCUGAAAGACGUGCUCGACGAGAAGCUAAACGUGAAUUAAAACGUCUUCAUAAACUGGAAAAAUCUCGUUUAACAGAACAAGAAAAUUUAAAUUUUGAUGUUCAAGAAUCGAAUACGAGAAAUCCUGACGUUAACCAAGAGAGCUCUAGUAAUCAUGCAUGGGAUGACAAUCACUGGUCUCCUGCUUCUCAUUCUGAGCCUGUCCAAACUAAUGAAGAUUCUACUGACUCCGGUUCCAACAGACCCAUCCUGCCUACCUUGGACGAUAGAUGUGCCAGCCCGCUUCAAUUCAUGCAUCAACCUGAUGAUGAUAGUAUUUUUUCAACUCAUCAAAAUGAUAACUCUUCUUCUAAUGGAGAACUUUUAACUAAAGAAAUAAAUUUCUCAAAUACUACACCAUUAGAAUAUGAUAAACCCCAAUAUUCUACUGGAAUUAAACGUACAGGAAUAUUAUUUCAUUCGAAUGGAAGUGAUAGUGAAAGUUCUCAACUAUUAAAUGGUGGAACAAUUAAAUUGGAAAAUAGUGAAAUUCCUCCGAAGAAAAAAGCUAAAACAGUAUUAAUGAAGAAUAAUGAUGAUGAUGAUGACGUCGACGACGAAGACACUGUGUGUCAUCCUGAAAUGAAAAUUAUGUCAUCGUCAAAAUCAAAUAGUCAUCACUCUCAAACGAACAAUGAAAAAGAUGUCAAACAAUCAGCAGCAGUAAUUGAAGCUGCUGAUUCAUUAGUAGUUGAGGCGUCUGACAAUUCGAAACCAACUAUUCCUGAACCUUUGCCGGAAGCUGUCACUAAACAUGGCGUCGUCACUACUACUACUAGUAAUAAUAAUAAAAAACGAAACAAGUCUGUACAACAACGUUCUCGUUUACGUAAAAAGAAACCUAACGCUAUAUUACUUGAUUCAGAUGAAGAUGAAAUGAAUUCUGAAAAAAAAGUAGUUAACCUACAUGAUUCCCCACCAUCAUCAUUAUCAUCUCCAUCACCUUUAUCAUUGUCGAAUGAUUCUGACAUAGAGAAUUCAAAGAGCAAAGAUCAAUUAUCUUCACAGUCAAAAGAGAAAAGUCGAAAUUCUUCACCAAAACCGUCAACAAUAAACAAAUCCAAUCGAGCUAGACAAUCGAGAAAUCAAAAAUCUAAUCAAAAAACUAAUAAUAAUAAUAAUUUGAAAGUGAAGAGAAAACAGUCAGAAGUCAAACCAACUGCAGCAUCAAAUACCAGUGUACAGGAUGAAAAAAGAAUCUCUAACGAUUCAAGUGGUAUUCGUCAGGCUGCAGCAUCAAAUGAUCCUGUCACUCAGUUGAAUCAAUGCUGUCGUGACCUGAAAACCAGUCUAAUCAAAGGCCACGAGAAUUUUGCCGAAGCGGUACAACUAUUGAAUAAAGUUCGUUCUAUCCCUGUUCGACUUCCUCAGUUAGCUGAAGCUUGGGAUCUUAUGGAUUGUAUUAAAAAGUGUCGACGGUAUAAACUGUCAAAUGAAGUUCGUGAAGCUGCUCAAACAACAUUUCAAUUUUUUCAAUCUUUACAGGCGAAUACUACCAAAGAAGAGCUCUCUCAAGCACAGGCACUUAUUGCAUCUCAUCAAAAUCGUAUUCAUUCAGUUCAAGAUUCUGUAAUGGAAAAUACUUCAAAAACUGAUUCACUUUCCGAAUCAACAUCGGAUAAUACCACCACCACUACUAUCAAUACUACUACUACUACUAUUACAAUUGAACCUGAAAAUUUAACAGCUGAUUUAGAAGCAAAAGUCGAUGAUGUCCUAUCACGAAUACGUGCAACAGAAGAACGAAUGGCUGCUGCCGCCGUUUCAUCUACACGGUCUGAUACACCAUAUAAAUCUAUAUCUAAUCAUGUAACCAAUUCCUCUAUAAGAUCUACAGGAGGUCGAAUAAUUAGAGCAUCGGCCGUCGCUGCCGCCACUGCUCAUAUGCAUGAUGAAGAAGAUGAAGAAUCGGUCAUGUCACGUGUCGAACAAGUAGCCGCUUACGAGGCAGGCGCAAUAAAUUAUCCAAAUACAGCCAGUUUAGGAUCUCCACCCCCGCCUCCGCCGCCCCCGCCAUCACUAUCUUUUGGCUCUGUUGGUCCGUCUGACCAACUUGAAGCAAAGGCAUCCCCUAGUGUUGACCAUCUAGAUCUUGAUUCACGUAUACAAUUGUUUAUGUCGGCAGCUAGUUCACAAAAAUCUGCUAAGUCAUCUAACUCAAAACCUGUAGUCACUGUAGGUAAAUCAGAAAUGACACCUACAACACGAUCUCAUCAUAUUCAGCCGAAUUUAACGAGUGUAACCUCAUCGACAUCGUCGGCCUCCACUUUAUCUUCUACAGUUACAUUAUCAUCGUCAUCCAGUCUAUUACCAGUUCUUCUAGCUAAGCGUAAAGUAAUAGCGGAUAAGUUAGCUGCAGUUAAAGCAUCUGGUUCUCCGAUCAAAUCAUGUCAUCCAGUCACUUCACCAUUACCAUCACCAACAUCCAUUAAUAAUGAAUUCAAUAUUGUAGAAAAAGUAUCCUCUUCAGUUACUACUACACCCACUAGUACCACUACUACUACUACUGCUAAUACUAUUCAUACACCUCCAUUAUUGACAAAAAUGUUGAAUACUGCAAAAAUGCCUUCGAAAGAUGAAGAAUUGUAUGAUUUAUUAGGUGUGUAA